AUGAGUACUACCGGAAUGUCAGAAGAUAUGGUGAGGAUAUUCCAGAUGAUGAAAUCUGAACUCGACCAACAAACCGCAACUAUUACAAAGAACGUAACCGAAAAUAUCAUGCGCUCUAUAGAUGAAAAAUUGCAAUCAAUUUUGGAAGAAAAUAUAUGCCUAAAAACCGAGAUACAAAAAUUUAACGAAAAGGUGAUACAUUUAGAAGAUAAAAAUAAGAAAAAUAAUUUGAUCCUACACGGUAUUAAAGAAACCGAAAAAAAUCACCAAGAAUUACUUAACACAAUAAAAGAAACCUUGAAUAAUCUAGAUAUUAACAUCGAUAACUACGAAAUACAUAACUACUAUAGACUGGGAAGGAAACAAGAUGAGGGAAAAGUAAGAUCGAUACUUAUAACUUUUACGUCAUUCCAAAAAAAGAUAACAAUAUUGAAAAAUAAGAUGAAAAUGCCUAAACAAACGUUUAUAACUGAAGAUUUUUCCAAAGAUGGCACCGAUUGA